GCCUGUUUUUACAAUGUGAGGAAAUGACGUCCCCAAUGUUGUGAAUUGCUAAUAAGCUUCCACGCGCACUCCGAGAGCCGCUCGGACUCGAGCCUCCUGCACUGACGCUUUUCUCAGGAAUAUCUUUGAGGCACCGUGAGAGCCCUUCAUGUCCUCACACUGUCGGACAUUUUAAAAAGCCACCAUGGACCUCCACAAAAUCAUCCACGGCGCGUUGCACGACUUCUUACAGACUUACAUCCCCGAUGCAGAUCUCAGCACGCUGGAUGACGUCCUCCUGUCCUAUAUCACUGGAGUUCUGGAAGAUCUUGGCUCCCAGCAGAGUGUGGAAGAGAACUUUGACGUGGAGGUGUUCGCCGAGAUGCUGGAGGCGUACGUACCGGGAUUUGCCGAAAUCGACAGCGUCAAAGUGUGUGAAAUGAUGUUUGGCCUGGCGUCGGCACUCGCUGCAGCUCGCACGUCAGUGACCGGAGAAAACAGCGUGCCAAAGCCGGAAGACCGCUCAUUUGAAAACACCCCCCGCCUACCGAGUGAACCCCCACCUGGCAGGGAAAUGCAGUGCCUUCAAACACAAACAGAGGGCGCCAUUGCCAAGCUACCAGUGUCAGAGUUGGAAACCCAGGAGCAGCACCUUCUGGAGAUGUUCCCCAAGUGCAGUCUGUCCGAGGCCCGCAGCGCUCUGUCUAUUGCCAAAGGCGACAUGGACGAAGCCGUACGCCUUAUCAUCGAGGGCGACGUCCAACUCAGCCCCACACCGCUCAACGUCAAUCAAGGGAAGAAUAUCUCCUCAGUGGCCGAUCAGAAACUGAAAGAAAGCAUCCUUGAGAAGUACAUGCUCGUCGACAACGAAGAGGACAAAAAGACACAUCGACCUGUCGCCCCCAAAGAGGCUCCCAAAAAGUUGGUCCGCUACCACGGCAACCAGGUGGUGAGCACCAAAGGAGAACGCUACCAGGUGGUGAAGAAGAGCGAGACGGAUGACAUGAAGAAGACGUACGUCAACCUCAAGCCGGCUCGCAAAUACCGAUUUCACUGACAGCACGGCGGGUAUAACCACACAUAUUAUGUUGACUCACAGUAUUUUGUUUUAUUUAUACAAUGUGAAUUGGAAUUUCCUUUCUCAAACGUAGUGAGCUUAUUUUCAAUGAUGUUGCCAUGGUGUGUACACUUGUUGUUAAUGUUUUUCUGUUACAUUUGCUUUUGGAAUUUUCAGGUUUUUAAUUGCACAUUUUGCACAUAACGCAACUUACUGUGCAUACAUUAUUUUACAGAAUAUCAAACGAGUGUUUCUGAGCAAUCUGUGGUUUAGAUUUGCGGGUAUAUUUAUUAUUCGAUGGGGUCUUUUCAGUUAUUGCCACAUUAUUCGCAUAAAAGAGUUGCGUCGCAAGAGUAUAAGCUAAACGCGUCUUUGAAGAGAAAUGUUGAUGCGUGAUGAAAAAUUUGCAAGUCGAAAUUGUGGUUUUAUCCAAAAGAUUUAAAAAAAAAAAAAAAGUAGGAUCAAAUUAAAGG